AUGAAUUACGAGGACGAUUCUCCAUUUUUAUUCGAAAACUUAAAAAGUAUUGUUCAAGCUAAGGAUAAAAAGGGAAAAAGCAAAUGGGAAAGGGGUGUUGGUAGUGCUUUUGAUAGAGCAUUUUAUAAUUUAGAAUCCUUAAGUCCCAAAAAAAGACGGAGUGAAAAAGAAAAUCCAAAUGAAAAUAUUUAUAGACCUAUACAAGAUAAUAUAAGUAGCACAAAAUGGAGUUCUGAUAACAUAUCAUCAGCAACAUCAAGUGAAUUGCCUUCACAUAUAUCAGAUAGUUCAUACAAGUUUAAAACAUUUGAUAAAAAAAAAGACAACAUUGUAUAUGACAACUAUUAUAAAAAGGAGUCAUCCCAUACAAGUAGUUUAGAGCAUAAUUCAGAAGAAGAAUAUCGUGAAGAGAGAUUAAAUGUUGUAGAUGAACAGAUAAAUUUUGUUAAUAAAUUAAUUGAGUAUUUCAAAAAAUUAAAAGUUGACAAUUCGGAGGAGAACAAGCAUUUUCCAAUUUGUUCAGGAAGCGACCAAAAUUUCAAGUUAAAGAAAAGUACCAAUAAAGAGAGAUUUGUUAGAAGAAAUGAAAAUUCAAGUUACAUUAUAACAAAGACAUCGAAAGGAACUCCUCAUGAACAUGUAAAUAAACUGGUUUCAGAUACAGAAUUAAAGAAUUUAAAAAAAGAAAAUAGAAUAAGUAAAUCCACAAAUAUAGAAUCGUUGUUGAAUGUAUUAAAUUUUGAAAACAUUGGAAGAAAAUCCCAAAGUAGUUAUGAUGAUAAUAAUAAAUGUAGGUCAGACAGCUUUAAUAAAGAUAGUAUUUAUAUGGGGGGAAAGGAAAUUCAAAGUGCUGAUAAUGAUUUAAUUUAUAAUAUAAGGAAAGAAACACUUUGGAUUCCGUAUAAUAAACAGAAUAGUUCUAUAUCCAAUAAUAAGAAAAUUUUAAAAAAAUAUGCUUCGAAAUCUUGUAAUAAAGAGCAAUUUAGUAAUUUUACACAGAAUAAUACACCUGCAAAACAUUCUUCAAAUGCUAAUAUAUAUUCAAAAAAAUUAGACACUAUAAAAGAGUUUGCUAAAACUGAAAUUUUGGAUAAAAUGAAGAGCACAGCUAAAAAGUUAAAUUCACAGAAAAGCCACGAAAUAUCUUUAGAACAGAAUGAUAAAACAUAUAUUAAAAAAAUGCUAAGCAAUAAAGAAUAUGAUAAUAUGAACCAUAAUGGACCAGUAUUGAAUGUAUUAGAAAAUAAAGAGAAUAAAAGUCAACACGAUGAAAUAAAAACGAGUGACUCUAAUUUAUGUACACCUUCAAUAGACCCAGAAAAAGAAUAUAUUAAAAAAGACAGUAAAUGGAAACUUUAUAUUUUUAACUCUUUAGAAAAUGUGCUAAAUAUAAAAAGCUAUGUAAAAAAACCUUUUAUGAAAAGUUACAAAAUAUUGUUUAGAGGAAGCAAAUGCCGAAAAAAAUAUAAUCAUAUAUUAAGGAAUAUGAAAAAAGGAAAAUAUCAUAAUAAUAAACUAGGGGAAUAUGCAACAUGUUGGGGUAAAUUAGAAAAAAAAAUAUUAAAAAUAACAAAAACAGAAAUAGAUAAACACAGAACACAAUUAAAUGAUAAAAGAAAAGAAAAAAAAUCCAAGAGUACGCAUCAAAUUUAUGGAUAUGAAAGAGUAAAAAAGAGCCUUGAUAGUAGCGGAUCGAAAAAAGAAAUACUAAAAAAGGGACAAUUGGAAGAAAUUAAAAAUGAAAAGCAUAUAAAUAAUGUGAAAUAUAAACGAAGUAGUGAAAAGACAACAGAAACUAUUAGUUCUGAAUCAAAUAAGAAUUCCACUAUUAUAAUUAUGCAAGAAUCGAAAAACUUGAAACUGGAAAAAAUAGAUAAGCGUUCAAGUAGUUGGAAAGAUGAAAAUAGCAAUUAUGAUGGAAUAAAAACCAUAGAAAGUGAAGAAUUUCACAUAAAUAGGAGCAAACAUUAUAUUAUACAUCAUAAUAAAGAUAAAAAGAAGAAGGAAAAAAGAAAAAUUAAAAGAGCAAUUUCAACAUUUUUUAAAUAUUCAUCAGAAUAUAUAAAUUUACAAAAAAGAGGACUUUCGUUACAAAGUUUAAAUGAUUAUAGUGAAGUGGACAAAAAUAGUUCAAGAUAUAGUGAAGUAGAAGAUAAAGAAUUAUAUGAAAGAAAUAUAAACGAACUCGAAAUGAGAUUAUCCAAAACACCAUACAGCCUAACAAAUGCUGAGAAUGAUAAUAAUUUAAACGAUAACUGGGAACAAAAACCAUAUUCAGAAGGAAAAGACGAUGAAUUUUAUUAUAAAAAUACAAAAAAAAAUAAUUCUACAGAUUUUCAGUUCGAAAAUGUAAGAAGGAAAAGUAUAAAAAAUAAUUCUGUGAAUCAAGGAGAGUCUGCCAACAUGCGUUAUUAUAAUGAGCAAUUCGAAAAGGAUAACAAAUUGAUCACAGAUGAAAUGGAUAAUUAUUAUUACUAUAAGGAUAAAGGAGGAAAUGAAAAGAAAAGCAAAACUUCAUACAACACAUAUAGCACGAGGAACAAUUAUGAAAACAAAUAUCCGUAUAGGAAUCGAGAUGAGCAAAAAAAUUAUCAUACAAGUGAAGGAUAUGCUAAUUUUAACAAUGAUGACGCAUUGUAUUCGGGAUAUUACAAAUAUUAUGAAAAUUUAGAUGAAAAUGAUUUAAACUAUUAUACCGAAGGGGAUGCAUAUAAUUAUACUAAUUCGAGUAAAGAAUAUUCUACAAACAGAAAAAAAUUAAAUAAAUUAUAUUAUAUAUAUAAUAAUGAAUUGUAUUCAAAAGAAAAUAACGAACAAAUAGCUAAUAUUUCAAAGGGGGAUAAUACAAAUGAUUAUAAAGAUUCUGUUUACUUAGAUUACAUGAACAAUAUAGAAAAUUUAAAAAAUGAUGGCAAUAAUGUAUCGUUGUCUGAGUUGAUAAUGCAAAGCAACGCAACAUAUAGUGAAAAAAUGGCAAUGAUAUUAAAUUUGAGCAAGGACAAGCACCUAUAUAGAAGAGUUAAAAAAUUAUUAGAAAAUAAAAAUUAUGAUAAUGAGAUAAAAAAUACAUUAAUUUAUUUUUUAAAAUGUAUAAAGAGUGGCAUCUAUUUACCAAAAUAUGAUAAUAUAGAAAGCUUAACGAAUGGUAAAAAGAAAAAAUUUGGAAAGACAGAAAGUAGGAAAAGAGGAUAUAACGAAUUAAAAGAUGAAGAAAUGGAAACAAAAGACUUGAACUUAACCAAUAAUAGAAAAGAUAGCAAAAACAUAUGUUUAAAAAAAGUGUACAUAGAAAAUGCCCCUAACAGUUUACCAUUAACUAUGCUAAUUAUACAAAAUUUUGAAAAAAAAAAAAAAAGUGGUAAAGAUAUAAAAGUAAAAUAUAAAGUUGAAUUAACUGGAAUGAAAAACACAAAGAAAUUUAGCAAACUUGUUGAGGAUGAAAAAUGUCUAUUUUCAAGGAUUGAUAAAAUAUAUAAUUUUUGCAGCAUCGAUGAAAAAUCUAAAUGUGAUCAAGUAUACAAUACGAAUAUUGUGAAUCGAUUCAUUCCAUUUCCAAAUAUAAAAAACGAUUUGAUACAAAAAUUUAAUAUUCCCAAAUUAGUAAAGUUUAAAGAAAAUGGAAUUGAAAAAGAGAAAAUAAAAGAUAUUAAGCAUAGCUUUUUACAUGUUAAUAAGGUAUUUAAUAAUAACAAAAAUGUUAAAAAUAUUAUAUAUAAGCCAAAUUUUUAUUCAAAAAUUGACAAUAAAUUUAAUGAAAUAAACACAUUAGAACAUGCAAACAGCCAUACACUCGGAAGCACAUUGUCUGAUGAACCUAAAAAUAUCACAACUAGCAUACCACUUGAUGAAAAGAAAAAUAAUAACCAAUUUGUAAAAGACAAAAUCUUGGCUUUCCAAAAGAAAGAACAAAACUUUUUUCUGAAUAAAAAUAAAAUUCAUCCAUUAAAAUUUAAUAAAAAUAAAGGUUUAAUUUUAUCUAAUAAAAAAGCAGAAGCAAGAAUAAAAAGUAUUUCUGUGUCUAAUUCCUUUCUUUCGAAAGACAACGGGGUAUCAGACAUAGAAAAUAAAAGUCCCCAAUUGAAUAAUUCUUUAGAAAAACAAAUAAGCUUAUAUGCUUCCAAAAAUAGUGUAUCAACAAAUAGUAAUGUUAAAAAUGAGGAAAUAAACAAUGAAAACCUUGAGGAGGAAACGAAAAAUCCAAUUACUAAGCUCAACACUAUAAAAAGUGAUAUCAUUAGGAAAAAAGCACAUCAAAAAAAUAAUUAUAAUGUUAUGAAAGAAAAAUUUUCUACAAAAAGUUAUAUAAAUUUAUGGAAAAAUGAAGGAGGAAAAAUAGUGCAUAAGGAGAAUAAAAUUGAUCAGAAAAGUAAAUUAUUUAGUGGGAAUGAACCGAGAAUAAAAAAUAAAAACCAUGAAGAGAUAAGCAUAAGAAGUAAAAGUGGAAUUAUAAAGCCGUUUUAUAAGGAAAAAUAUAAGAACAGCAAUAUAUCUGGUAUACAAGUGGCAGGAAUGAAAAAGGGAAAAUCAUAUAUAAAAAUUAAUUCUUUCAUAAAUAAAAAUAAUAUGGUAAAUAAUUACAAUGAACAAGAUAACAAUGAGGAGAAAGGGAGCGAGAAAAAUAUGAAGAAUUUUCCAAAGGUCCUUGAUGAAAACAAUUAUGAUAAGAAGGAAUUGUUUAAUAAAAAAAGUCAUAAAAUUCAGACUUUUGACAACGAAAAUGAUAAAAUAUUGUUUGUAACAGAAGAAACUAAUUCGGAAAAUGGGGACAGAUUCUACAAAAAAUUGGAAUUUUCAAAGAGCAAUAAAAAUAUUAACAAAAUUAAGGAAAAUAAAAAAGAAUUUUUACAUCAUGAUGAAUAUAACAAUCCUUUAAAGGACAAAAUAGAUAUUAUUCGUAAUGAAAAAUUAGAAAAGCCAAAAAACGUAUUGGUAAAGCACAUGAAAAGUGAAUUUGUGCUAAAUAACAAAAAUAAAAAUGAUAAAAAUCGAAAUAUUAGUGCAAAGAAUGACAUAUUAUUUUAUAAAAAUAGUUAUAAUAGCAUGGAUAGAAAGACUAUAAUCGGGAAUCGAAACAAUAGUAGCACCAGUGUAAACGAUUACAAAAUGAAAAAAACCUAUAGCAUUUACACUAAUAAGGAAGUACUUCCAAUGUUUUCAUCUAGAUUUAUAAAACGAAUUUACGAGAAUUCAAAUGAUUCUAUAAAAGAAAAUAAAAUAUUUAAAAAUAAUUCUGGUAAUUUUUUCCAAUUAAAUACAUUACCUUAUAAAGUAAACAAAAGUUUCAAGGAAAUUCCAAAAUGGGGAAAUAAAAUGGUGUAUAGAUAUAAGACAAAUAAAGGAAAUAACUACUACUUUUUAAAUAGAGAUCGAAAAAGUAAAUAUAAGACAUAUAUAGAUUCUGAUUCAUCCCUUCCAUUAAAUAAUUUUAACGAACCAGAAAGUGAACAAAUUAAAAAUACAAAUACAUUUUACAAAAAAGGUGAUAAUUUUUUAGGACAAAGAAGAAAGUAUCAAGGGAAAGGAAAGAAUAAUACUGUUGCAUUUGAAAAAGAGAAAAAAUGGGAAAGUGAUUCCUCUAACAUUUUAUCACCAAAUAAAUUGUUAACGAUUCAAAAGAAAAAUAGUGAAAUUAUAGAUGCUAGCGGCUAUGAACCGAUUGGAAAAAAAGUAAAAGGUAUUAUUGACACUCCCUCCAAAAGAUAUAUAAAUAGAGAAUUUUUGCCAGGUUCCAUUGAAAUAAAUCCAAUUCGAAAAAAAAAUAAAAAUACAGAAAUAAGUCAGUUUAUUAAGCCUAAAAGGGAUAGAACCCUUCGUAUUAGAAAUAACAGUGAUAUUACCGGUAGAAAUUAUCAUAAUAAAUAUAUUGAAAAAAAUAAUAUAAACAUAUAUUCUGAAAGUUCAGAAUUUAAAAACGCGAAAUUAUUAAAAAACCAAUCAAAAUAUGUUGAUAUAAAAUCGAUAGAAUGCUCUAAGAGCACACUUGAAUAUUUCGUCGAAAAAAAUUACCUUAAAAAAAUAACUACCAGUGUAUUAUCGGAUAGUUAUGAAAUAAAGGACAAAAUCAAAAAUGAUAUAAAAAAUAAAAUAAUUCCGAAAAAAAAAAAUGAAAAGAAGGACAUUUUAAUUUAUCCACAAAUAUAUAAAUCAUAUGUAAAAGAAAAAACAAAAAAAAAAAAAAUUAAGGAUAAAAUUGACAACCGUGAUAAAAAUAUUUCCAAAAAUAUACACACAGAAAUGCGUAAAAAAUUAUCAAUUUUAAGCAUAAAUGAGUAUAGAAAAAAAAAGGGUAAACAUAAUAAGAAGAAAGAAAAUAAAAAACAAAAAAGACGUCAAAAUUAUAUAACCGAUACCACAUCAAGUUCAGACAAUUAUAAUUUAAAUGAAACAAAAUUUAGAACUCAUGCAAAAGGGAAAUAUGGUAAAAAACGAAAAGGAUUUCAAAGCUCAAUUAAUUUAGGAAGUAAUAGUUUUAUGGAAAAAUUAAAAAGACACAUUAAUGUAAAGCGUAAGCUCGAUUUAACUAGCAAUAGUAUAAUAAAAUAUUUUUCAAGUGAUUUACAAAAUCUACGAGAUAUAGAAGAAAGUGUUACAGAAAAAAAUUCACAAAGUAUAACCACAGACGAAAGUGAUACUGAAAAGGAAAUAAUAAUUUCUGAUGAAAAAAUGGAUAAAAGUAACGAGAUAAAAUCUUUUAAUGAAAUGCCAGACAAAUUUUUAACUAUUAAAUUAAAUAUUAUAACAAUAUUCUUAGAAGGAUUUCAUAUAAGAAAAAAUAGUUUAAAUAAAAAAUAUAAUAUAAAAGUAACUAUUUAUUCUUCUAAUAAUAUUAAUACCCUUGAUAAUGAUUAUAUAACACAGGAGGAAUUUCCAUGUUAUUUGACUUCGCACCCAAAUGGCAUUGGUUUAAGUUCUGAUGCGUUCAAAAAAAUUGAUGUAUCAUGUAGAGAAGGGUUAUGUGAAUUUUUUAAAGUGGUAGUAUCCUGCUACCGAGACCAUAGUUUCUUAAAAAGGGAAUUAUUUAAAAUAUAUACUCAAACAUUUAGAUCGCCCGUUGAAUUAAAGAGCUACAACCUAAGCAGAAACAAAAAAUAUGCAUUGGAAACAUCCAGCUAUAAUGACGAAUCUUAUGAAAUAAAUGGUAUUACAUAA